UAGUCUUAAUUUUUUUUAAAAAUUCAUAUAAAUUAUAUAUAUAUAUAUUUAUUUAUUUAUUUAUAUAUGGAUAUACACUUCCAACACGUAUCCGCUUCCUAAUAUUUUAAAAAAAUUUCGCUUAUGCGCUUCCUUACGCUUCCGCUUCCACGUACCCGUUUCUGUUUCCAUGUAACAUAGAUAUACUCACUAAAUAUAAGGAAUACGUGUUUUGCAAGUUUAAAUGAAAGAAUAUGCUGAUUGUGUUAAUUAAUAGAUAUCUGUUUUGAUUAUUUUGACAGAGUAGAAAUAGGAAAAAAUGUUUGGAUGUUGUUUUAUUUUCGAAUUAAAGAAUAUUGUGCUAUGAUUUGCUGCAGUUAAUGUUGUUUGAGUAGAAUUAGGAAUCAUUAGUUGAAUAGUAUCGAGAUUUAGAAGGAAAAUAUAAUAGGGAAAAUUGCCAAAAGAGAACAAGAAAUCAACAUAGUUGUCCCUAUAGUAUAAAUCCAACCUAAAGUAGUCCCUAUAGUAUAAUGUUUUCCAUAAUACCAAAAGUAACCUUUAAUUAAUCUUAUUAAACAUAAUUAAUUUGGUUUUUUAUAAAAAAAUAAAGAUGAUUCGGUUUAAUAAAGUUACCGGGUUAGAAAAAAAAUCAGAAGAAAAGGGGUGAAAAGCUUGAUUUCCCUAACCCUAACAUCGUUGGUCUCUCCGCCUCUCUCUUUCACGGAGAUAAAGAUGGCGAUUUUGUCUUCUCCGUUGUGCUCCCUCCGGUGAAAUCAACGACGGAACCCACCGAAGCUUCUCUCUCCACCUCUACGUCUCUCUGCUACUCUCCGCCUCUCUCCACCUCUCUCCGCCUCUCGCCGCCUCUCCGCUUCUCGCCACCUCUCUGCUUCUCUCCGCCUCUCUCGGCGUCUUUCCUCCUCUCGCCGCCUCGUCGGUUCUCUCCACCUCUCGCCACCUCUCCGCUUAUCGCCACCUCUCCGCUUCUCUCCGCCUCUCCGCCUCUCUGCCUCAAUUUGCGAACGAUAUGGAGCUUGAGCUACCCAAACGAUUGUAUGCAGAGGGUUCAGAACCUCGGGUUAAGAAGAUCAACAACAGUUGCCGCAUGGAACUUAUCAGAGAUCUGAAGAAAGCUAUGUGUGCCGAGUAUGAUGAUGUGAAGAGAGAUCCAGUUUUCACACAUAUCAUGGCUAUUGCCGAAAAUGAUCUCAAGUUCUCUGGGAAACUAGUGGAUAGCUUCAUAUGUAGGCAGCUGAUUACCUCAAAGCUGCAUGAGAAGUGGUUUGUUUUUGCGAGGACGCCUCUCCGGUUUUCGCUUCAGGAGUACCAUGCCGUGACAGGCCUCAAGAUUACACGGGAAACUAACAGUGACGUAGUGAAAUGGAAAAACGACGGGGGUUUUUGGAGUAACCUACUGCACACAGGUGGUAAGAUCACCUUGCAGUCGAUCAGAAAGGUUCAUCUACAAGAAGUUCACACCUGGACUCGGCUUGAUAGGAUGAGGUUGAUCUACUUGUGUGUAAUAGUGGGUGUGGUGAUGGGGAGAGAUGAGAAGGUGUCCAUCCCUCAUAUGUACAUCAAGUUGGUGAUGGAUUUUGACAAGGUUCGGAAGUUCCAUUGGGGUCUUCACUCGUAUGAUUUCCUGCUGAGUUCGAUUGAGAAGGCUAGGAAGAAGUUGGGUAAGAAGGAGAGCUACAUUUUCGAGGGUUUCUCCUAUGCUCUCCAGAUUUGGAUUAUGGAGGCAAUUCCAGAUUUUGGAGAAAUUUUAGGCAGAAGAGUCUCAGACAGCUUCAAAGGUCCAAGGUGUGGCAAUUGGAAAGGAGUUGCAAAAGUUUCUUAUGAAGACAUCAUUGAGCUCGAGGACUCCUUAACUAACAAGGAUAACUUCUUCUCGGUCAUAUCAGUGACUGGUAAUGGUGAUGUGUUUCUAGAUGCUCAGUACACAAGGGAGGGUGAGAUGGAAGAUGAACGAGUGGACCUUGUUUUGGAGAGGAUCAGGAACAAGUAUGAUUGGAGCAGCACAGACUGGCCAGUUUUAGACCCUGAAGAGUCUAAAAUGGAGGAACCCGACAGCCAUGAUAGAGGGUCAGAAGCUGAUAAGAGCGUGGAUCAUACGGAUGUUGUAGCAGACGAGGAGACCUCUUCGGUUCAGGUUGCAGGAAAAGGCAAGAGAAAGUUUCUUGAUGAAGGAGCAGAGACAAGAAAGAAGAAGGUGCUGUGUAAGCGAUCAGCAGAAAAGUUUCUGACUUUUGGUCCUGAAACUAAGAGUUUCAUUGAGGGUCUUAUCCGCACAUCUGUCACUUCAUUGGGAGAUGUGCUCAGUAUGCAAAUGGCGAAUAUGGAGAGAGUGUUUACAGAGAGGAUGGGGAAGAUGGAGAUUGAGGUUUCACAGCUCAAGGACGCAAUCAGUUUGACUGGUGAAGGAAGCUAUCCUAGUAAGAAAGAAACUGAAGAAGCUCCACUAAACAGCAAAGCCAAGCAAGCUCCACCUAAGAGCAAAGGCGCUCAAGCUCCACCUAAGAGCAAAGGCGCUGAAGCUCCACCUAAGCGCAAAGGCGAUCAACCUACUCCAACAAAAAAGGACGGGAAAAAGAUUGCUACAGAAACUAAUGAUUUUGAUUUUGGAUUGAGUACACAAGACUUGCGGGACCUGUCCCAAGCUACAUUUGUUGACGGUUUUGAUCUGUCUCAAGUGAAAGCUGAGACGUCAAGUAAAUCGAAACCGUUUAACAUGGCUCCACUGCAGUGGAAUGAUGAGGAAAUGGAUCGAACCAAAGAAGACUCGCCAGAUGCCGCGUUGGUGUUUUUCCGUGAAGAGGAUUGGGAAAAAGUUAGAACUUGGUCAACUUCCUCUACACGUAUACGGAUUGGACCUGCCACUUUAGAUUUUGAGAUUGCUAAUCGUCUUAUGGAUAAAUCUGAGUGGUUAAAUAGCUUGGAGAUUGACGCUGCAAUGUACGUAUUCCGGGAGAGAACAUCUUUGAAACGAUGGAGACCUCAUCGUGUCGCCUUCAUGACUGUCGUCUUCAGCAAUAUGAUUAAAAAAGAGUAUGGUCAUUUAGAAGCUCAGGGUAGAAAGAGCUACAUGCUUCAUAAUUUGCUACUGCAGUUCGGUAAAGGAGUCCUUCCACCACAUGGCAGGACACAUGAGAUAUGGAAUAUAGAUGUGGAUCGCCUGUAUGUCCCUGUUCAUGUCAGUGGGAAUCAUUGGAUCGCCUUGUGCAUCAGUUUCGUGACGAGAAGCAUUGAAGUGUUCGACUGCUCGGGUAGGAAAAGGUACAAGGAGGUGGAUGGGUUCGCAAACCUUAUUCCGCGUAUUGUCAAGGCAGUUCAGCCUAUGAGACACCAGAAGGAUUUCACAGUCGGUGCAUAUACUGUUUCCUAUGUCCCCGUUGGGAAUCUGAAUAAAAGUGCAUGUGACUGUGGCGUCUAUGCAGUGAAGUUCAUUGAGUGUCAUGCGCUUGGAUUGGAGUUGUCGUUGUUGCAUGAUGGUAACAUUAUCGAAGCUCGCCACAGGAUUCUAUGGGAUCUUUGGGAAGCAGCUAAUGAUCCGGAAUUGAUUGAUAGGAUGUCAAAGUAUCAAUCCCCGGAGUGUCUCUCUUCGACUGUAGAGGAGAUUUUGUGAGACUGCUUGGUUUCAAGUUCUAAUGUAAUGAACAAGAUUGCUUAAUCUGAUGUAUAACUUCUAGAUUUUAUUAUCAUUUUUAGGAACAAGACUGCUUAGUUUAUUGUAUAACUUCUAGUGUUUAAUUAUGAUUUUUAGGAUUGACUCUUGUAAUCAAAUGUACAUCUUAUGGUUUUGUUAUUAAGAGUUUUUAGCUGAAGAAUGCUAGAAUUUAACACUGUUUUAAAUUAGAACCUUAAGCUAAACCCUAAACAUACCCUAAACGAAACACAAAACCCAGAACAAGACCACAGUCAAACCUAACCUAAACUCCUAAACAUACCCUAAACGAAACAAAAACCCGGAACAAGACCACAGUCAAACCUAACCUAAACCCUAAACAUACCCUAAACGAAACAAAAACCCGGAACAAGACCACAAGAACAUUUAGAAUAACUGUUUUACUAGAUCAUCCC